AUGGACUGGCAUCCUAGACAAAGGACGAAACAAUCUACCAAGGCUGCAAGAGGGAGUGAAAUAUUCUUACUCGGAGCUACUGAUGGGAAAUGCCACAUAAUUUCUAAAGAGAAAAGAAUAGAGAGAACUUCGGAUGCUCAUCAAGGGGCUGUUCUAUCUGCGAAAUGGAAUUUCGAUGGAACUUCUUUUGCCACAUCUGGAGAAGACGGACAAAUAAAAAUCUGGUCACGGAGUGGGAUGUUAAGAUCCACCUUGUGUCAACACAGUUAUCCGAUCUACUCGUUUUCAUGGGGUGAUAACUCUAAUAUGAUGCUUUUUUCCCUUGACAGACAACUAGUUAUACAAUCUCUUCAAGCGAAUGUUAAACCUUUUGCCUGGAAAGCCCAUGAUGGUGUCAUUUUGCAAGUUGAUUGGAAUGUCAUCAACAGUCAACUUAUUUCCGCUUCAGAGGAUUGCAAAUACAAAUUAUUUGCAAUUGGAUCGUAUGCUACUGUAGUGUUGUGUGAUAAACUUGGGUGGAUUCAUGCUUUGGAGAAAACACAUACUGGUAGUGUUCUGAGUAUCAAAUGGUCUCCUGAUGGUAAUCAAAUAGCGUGUGCUGGUGGAAAUGGUCGAAUAAUUAAUGGAUAUGUUACUGAAAGAUGUUUAGAAUGGAAUGGUUUUGAAGCAGUGUUAACAGAUGAACGAACUGUUGUAUUGCACAAUCUACGGAAUGAAUCGAUAGAACGUUUAGAAUUCCGUGAUCGCGUAUCAAAAGCAUCAUUCAGUUUCAAUUACUUUAUUGUAGUAACUAGCACUCAGUGCUAUGUAUACAAUAUUAAAAAUUUCAAUACACCUACCAUUAUUGAACUUAAAGAGUCCAGCGUUACUCAUAUUUCUCAAUGUCAGAAAUAUUUUGCUUUAGCUGAUGGAUCCAGUGUGUAUAUCUACAAUUAUGAUGUACGUCUUGUUUGUUCAUUAAAACAUGCUAAUAUACACGCGGAACAAAUUUAUGCAGAUUCUUUAACUAUGAGCAAUGAUGUAAUUGGUAUUAAAGAUCAAUUAGAUAAGAAAAUUAUUCACUUAUUUGAUCCAUCGAGUGGUAAAACGCUAGGUGAUGGGAAACCAAUAUCACAUUCGAAUGAAAUUAUUAAAAUCAGUUUAAAUCAAAUGGGUAAUUCAUUUGAUCGUCGAUUGGCUCUGUUAGAUAAUAACAAAGACUUAUAUUUAAUGUCAAUUAGAAUACUUGGUAAUCAAAGGAAAAUGGUUAAAUUAGCUACAAUGGUUAGUUCAUUUCUAUGGGCUGAAACAUCAAAUAUUUUGGCAGCCAUAACAAACGAUAAACUUGUAAUCUGGUUCUAUCCUGAUAUUGCACUGACCAAUAGUGAUAUACUUAACUUAACAAAAGAAGAACAUAACAUAAUUGAUGAUUAUGGGAAACAAUUGGAACUGAUUAAUUUUUAUCGAGAUCGAAUAAUGAUAAAACAGGCUGAUGGAAGUACUGUUUAUUGUCCGAUUUCAAUUUACCCUGAUAAACUACAUCAGUUAGUUAGUCUAAGUAAAUGGAAUGAAGCACUCAAGUUAUGCUGGACAGUUAAGGACCGGAUUCUUUGGGCAUGUUUAGCUGGCAUAGCAACAAAUGCUAAAAUGUUGGAUGUAGCGGAAAUAGCAUUUGCUGAAAUUGAAGAAGUCGAUAAAGUGGAAUAUAUUCGAUAUAUCAAAAGUUUACCUACAACAGAAAUGAAAAAUGCUGAAAUAUUACUUUUAUCAGGUGAAUAUCAAGAGGCUGAAGCAAUUCUACUACAGAAUCAUUUAUAUUUUCGUGCUAUCAUGCUCAAUUUGCAUGCAUUUAAAUGGAAUAGAGCACUUGAAUUGGCAAAUAAAUAUAAUUUAGCAGUUGAUAUUGUAUUAUCAAUGAGACAUGAUUAUUUAAAACAAUUAAAUCGUGUUGAAGAAUUACAUUUAUUUAAUUCACAAUCAAAACAAAGUACAUUAGAUGCAUCGGAAUUGAAAGAAAGAAUUGAAGAGGAAUAUCUAAAUGAGAAGAAACAACUCCAAGAAUUAUCAACCACUUGAAAAAUAUAUCAAACAAUGUACGAGCAUGUAUAUGAACCGCAUAUUUUUCAAAAACGUGUUUACCCUUAUGAUUCACUAUUAAUAAUAACGAUCAAAAUUCGAUCGUUGUUUCUCAAUUAUGCUGUGAUUUCACAUUUUUGAAGUUAAUUCUCUAUAUUGACUAACGUA